ACGUGUACCAAGCUGCACUGACGAGGCGUUGACGCCGAAACAUGCAUGUCUGCAGAUUGUACUAUAUAUAUAUAUAUAUAUAUAUAUAUAUAUAUAUAUAUAUAUAUAUAUAUAUAUAUAUUUAGUUAAAGACUGGGCAGGUUUGAGCAAAACAAUCAAUAGAAGAGAGGAUCGGCGCCACAUAUUAAGUUUUGACACUAGGACAUGACAAUAAAAGGUCAACACUACUACGUAAUGGAUGUCGAUACUUUCACGUCACAUCAGGGGCAGACACCACAAAACAAGUGUUGCUAUCAGCUACAGUACAAGAAAUGUGACUGUGGCAAACAAAAUUAACGAUUAAUCUUAACGAUUAUCAAUUUUCAUUAUGCAAUCUUAACGAUGUAUAAUUUUUUCACGGUAUAAUUAAGUUAUUCAAAAUUGUAGCUAAUACAAAAGUGACAUACCUCUUGUAGUACACAGAUCCAUGAGAUAAAUGUCAUCAAUUGCAAUGUCUCCCUCAGAACCGUCACCGCGUACACCUUCGAUUACAUACUGCAAGUGAAAUAGAAAAUUUUGGUUGUUUCCGUUAGCCGGUAGCUAGGUCAUCUUCAUUAAUAGCACAGAGCGUUGAACCAGCAGGUAUGUCUAACUCGAUCGAUAUACCCAUCAUUUUAUGUCCGGGUGACGGAGAUGUGUGAAAUUUGGUUCAACAACGCGAGAUUAGGCUUUAACAAUGAACAAUGAAUUAUAUAACACCACGUUGUCAAUUACAACAUCUGAGAAUAAAGUAGGUGGUUCGUCUCAAUCGCUGGCUGCAAAACAAAGUCUGUUAAUAUAUACGUAGUGUAAUGUUGGCGUUCAACUACUUGAGCUUUAUAUAAGAAUACCGCACUACUGCCACUAUGGCAACAAAAGAAGAUAAAGAAUACGCACUAAAUUAAACCAAGCAAACACUGAACUAAAUAUUUCUGCAAUCGGCAACUGAGAGAAAUUGCAAACACCGUACCAUGUUCUCUAAUUCUUCGAUUCACAGCAUUGCGCCAUAUUUCAACGGUUUAUGUGACGAUGAUAUACAAAUUAAUAAUGGUUAUUGCACUUCGUGUCGUACAAUUUGGUCUCAAAUCGAACGAUUUGUACUAACACAUCUUUUUUUGUGCCCCCAAAUAACACACCUUAAAAUAACACACCUUUGAUGAAAGGUCUGCUUUUGUAACCCCCUCCAAAAAGAUGUGCUAAUUAAGCACGCCUUUGGAACAAACACACCUUUUUAACUUACACAUUUUUCAUAAAGGCACAGAAAUAUCCCGUGCAAGGAUCUCUAACCUAUAUUCCAAUCUACAGUAUUUAUUUAUUCAAAUACUGUAGAAUUAGCGCAGUAUUUUCUAUACAAAUUCGUAUAGUGAAAGAGCUACAAUUUCGUGUAAAAUCAUCACAAAAUUUAGCUGCUUGACGCGAUUUUUCAUUCGUAUGUUUCCAAGUCAGGUUCCUGUAUAUUACCAGUAUAUCGCGUUCUUAUUGUUGAAUCGCAAACGCGGUUAUCGAAUGUAUAGCCAGAUGUUAGGACCCAAACCUCUCGGCAGUGGCGUAAGUUUGGACCAGUUUGAACAUAUGCGUCUCAUUGAGUACUUGCGUGCAUGUUAAUGAUUAUGUGUUACUCCGUACUCCGAGUUAUUUUUGUGUUACAUUUUAUUCACUUUUAAAGGAGUAUUUUAAUAAAACUUUUACAAAACAUGUGUUCGUUAUUUUAUCUUUUUAAACAAGCGCUAUACUAUAUAACUGAGCCCGUUUGUACAACAUUACCGCUGACUACUCAGUCCCAGUCUCUAACGCUGUUUCUUAAUUGUUUUCUCACACGGCUACAUAUGAAGCUGCUUAAGUACGCGUAUAAAUUCAAACCACAAAGCAUUUUUAAGACAUAGCCUACACUCCCUACAGCUAGAAUAUAUAAUAUUUCCAAGACCAAGUAGAAUCUGACGAAUUAAUACGAGCUGCUUUAGUACGCGUAUAAAUACAGAGAUGCUGGAAUAUCGAUAAUUGCAGGGGCAGACAUUCAAAUAUUCGUGUUCACAGACUGUAAAAACAAUCGAUUUCAAAAGAAAUUAAUUGGGCAGAACACGAAUAUAUGAAUAUCUGCCCCUUCCAAUUAUCGAUUUAACACAAAUUUUUGCUAUUGGAUUUCAUAUUAAAUCUAUAAUACUGUCUAAUACUGCUAGGCACAUUUACCACAUUAUAUACACAGUAAUUAAAUUAAACUAAGAAACAGAACAAUUUAGUUCAGGGUGCCCCCCUGGAAGCCCGUUUGCCUGGGUCCUCCCGGCUCUUACCGGGUAGAGCUCAUAGGAGUUACGCCACUGCCUCUCGGUCAGGUCGGAUAAUUAAGCCGCGCGGGAGACUGGACUUAUAAACCUAAAACUUAGCCUGUUUCCUGCCGGAAAUGCGGGCUAACACGUUGUUGUUGCAAUUUUGCAUUUCUCGUAUUUCCUGUAUUGCUCGUAUUGCUUGUAAUUCUUGUAUUUCUCAUUGUAUUUCUCGCAUUUCAAGAUCGAACAUAAUAAAGUUGUGUUAAAUCAAAUAUUUACGGUCCUAGAUAAGAAUUUGGAUUAGCCUGUAAAAGCGUUGUAUUCUCGAUGGUAAACAAGAUUCGAUAAUGUAUUAAUGAUUUAAGACAUAUAACUGGAUUUACGUAUUUGAAUUAUGGCUGACCUACGAGAUUUAGUAUACAGAAGAUUAAAUAUGAACUUAAACUUCGAGGAUUAUCUACGAAAGGAAAAAGAGACAAUUUGGAACGAAAACUUGCCGCAGUUUUAGCAAAGGAAGCAGCUGAUGAGAAAACUGCAGAUGUCGAAGAAAUAAUAGCGACCGGAAGUGAAAAGGCGGUAUGCACUAAUAACCAUGUUUUAGACCUAAUUAGGAGAAAGGAAAAACUACUUAAACUUGACAUUGAAACUGUUAGUGAAUCAAUAAAUCAGCUAAAUAAGAGCCCAGAAAGAGACACUAUUAAAAUGGAAAACCGAUUGUCAAAAUUAAAUCAUUACAGAGAACAGUGUGUUGACAUUCGAGCUGAACUUAUUGCUUUUCUUUCUGAACAUGAAGUUGAGGAUGAGGCUAGAGCCUGGAUAAAUUAUUUAAAUUACGUGGAUGAGGUUAUAGACCUUGCACAGGCUUACUUAUCAAAAAACAAUGAAAGUAAUAAUUCAGCGACAUCCACAUCAGACAAUUUGUAAUUAAAUUUGAAGUUGCCUAAACUUGAGUUACCGAAAUUUUAUGGCGAUGCUAUGAAAUUUCAAAAUUUCUGGGAUCAGUUUGAAGCAGCAGUCCAUAAUAACGAGAGGCUCCCAGACGUACAAAAGUUUACAUACUUUCGCUCAGUUUUGGGAGGUGUUGCAUAUCAAACCAUAGAUACGUUUGAAGUUACUGGGGCAAAUUAUAACCAUGCUGUUGACACUCUUAAGCGUCGAUUUGGCAGAAAGCGACUUGUUAUUUCGUCAUUAGUUAAGUCAAUUAUAAUAUUUGAACCUAGAGCAGAUGCAGAGGCAGCAUCACUCCGUGAGUUACAUGACACUCUAAAGAAUAGAAUCAGAGCACUAGAAGGAUUGAGUGAAUGCCAAAAAUCAUGCCUGUAUACUCCUCCCAGUAUUCGAAAUGAAACUCCCUCCUGAGAUAUGUGAGAAAUGGGAAUUGGAGAUAUCUUAUAUGGAUGAUGAGAAAGUUGAUUUAGACCUGUUUUUGAAAUUCCUAAAUAAGCAGGUGGUACUACCUUUUGGGCUAUCAGUCUCCUCGAAAAUUUUUCAGAAAAGAGUUCACCAAGUCCUAGAUCGUCUAGACGGAAUUCUGGACAUUACUGACGAUAUUCUCGUCUAUGGAGUCGGGACAACAGAAGAAAAUGCCAAUGCCGAUCAUGACAAGAAAUGGAAGUGCCUGUUGGAGAGAUACAAGGAAAGCGGAGUUGCACUCAACUCAGACAAUCUAAAUUAA